AUGUCGCCCGACGACGCGAUGGAGAUGGGGGGCAUUCAUCGGCGCCACUCGUUGGAACGCCACGACUCCGACUUCUUUGCGUCGCUUUCCACGAUUGGAGUCGACAUUACGGACCUCAAACAGAAGCAUGAAUCCCGCGAGGAGCUUCUGCCGAGACAUACCGAGUACACCUUCGCGGCGUCGAGCAGAUACCCGCCCGCAGAAACAGACCACGGACCGAAAUGGUGGGACAAGGGGUACUUGCUGCAAGAUCUGUGGACUUCAUCAUGGAAUAUGUACUUCUUCCUGGUGGUCGGGUUGGGCUUCGCGAUAGGCCACCACGCUUACUAUAAAUCUCUCGAGAACACGCUGGUCUACAAUGACGAGCAGUUGACCACGCUGCGGUAUGGCACUGCCUUGGCCUUCGCCGCGAAGGCGAGUAUGGUUGCCGCGGUCUUGCUGGCAUUCCGGGAGCAGAUAUGGGCGACGUUCAGCACCAAGUUCCUGAGGGUAACCACACUGAACGACAUGUUCGCGGCCCCUGAAACACCGCUCUCGCUUCUCAACCUAGAGUUUCUCUGGAAAGCCAAGAUAGCCGCUGCGCUGGCCAUCUACUGCUGGAUUUCCCCUCUCAGCGUCAUCCUCACAACAAGUACGCUCAUCGCGAUGCCCAGCGUGGAGAUCGAGAACACAACCUGCCCCGGCGUCCGCACCCUCAACUUCAGAUUCGAGGACACCACCGACUGGCGCAACGGCGGCAAGAUCAACGACCUCUACCAGCAGUCCCUAUCCUACUGGAACCAGACGAGCGAGGACAAGAACGACCCGCACUUCUUCGACUACUACACGGCGCCCAGCGACAACGCCAAGGAGUUCAUGCAGACCAGCACGUACCUCCAGCGCCCCAUCAUCGACCAGGAGAACACGUUCGAGGUCUGCGAGCGCGGCUGGAACUGCACCGUCGAGAUCCGCUUCGUCGGCCCCGCGUACAACUGCAGCGAGAUCCGCCGCGGCGUCAACGGCGAGCUCGGCGGGCCGGGGUUCCUGCAGCAGAGCUCGGGCAAGGCGAUGAUCCCCUUCGACGUGCGCAGGCUCGCGCCCACGGGCAACUUCACCUACAUCGCGCAGACGCUGCACGGGGAGUACGGGUACCCGCAGCUGGACGCGGUCCGCAGCGGCGGGAUGCCGGUCAUGGAGCCGCCGUACCCGGAGCACCUGGGCGCGUUCCGGACGGAGCCAAUCAUCUGGAUCGGGUACUCUGAGCUGAACGCAAGCUACAACUGCACUGAGUUCAUGAACACGAGUGCGGAAGUGCGGAAUCCGUGGGCAUUCACCCCGGUCGUGAUUGCAUGUGAGCAUUUCGAAGCGAAUUACACCGCUGAGAUCGCCUAUAGCGACGGGAUGCAGAUACCCACGAUCAAAAAGAUGGAGAUGAUCGCGCCCGUGAUCAACACGACGUACAUCCCCGAGCUAAAAGUUCACGACGGAACGCUGGACGACACCGUCGCCGUCCCUCAGAGCAAUUACGUCUAUCCUAAUGUGACAGCGGCGUAUAGACGUACGGCGGGUUACCACUCGAUGGGCCUGUACCUCCGGCAGCGGCUGAACGGGACGAUCCAAGGAACCGGCCGCGUCCAGCAGUCCAAAGUCAUAUACACCAGCCUCACCGAUCCGCGUUUUCACCUCGUCAGGCCGAACGUAACACAACUCAUAGAAGCGUGGUACGGCAAUCUCCUGAUGUCCAUGUUUGCGAGGCCGCGAUUUCAGGCGGUGGUGUGGGCGGCGCAGACGGGCGAGCAGACGGGCACGCGGCGCACCGGCACCGGACCCGCGGAGGACUACUUGUACGACUGUACCCGGUCCCGGCCGGCUGUGCGGUAUCACUACCGCACGCGCAUCCUCGUCAGUGUUUACGGCAUCUUGAUAUUUCUCGGGUUCCUAGGCAUUACGGCCGGAACGAUUGCGAUUCGCAGGAACGGCGGGGUGUCCAGGGGCACUGGGUUCUCCAGCAUCGUGGAAGCAACGCGGGGACCGACGCUGGACAGGAUGGACUGGAGCGCGGGGAAGGAAUAUGGGCCUGUGAAGAUUGGAUACGGGUUGCUCAAGAUACGGGAUGGCGAUUUCAAGAGACCUGAUGGGGAGAUUUUGGUGAAUGAUGUGAAUGCGAUGCCGUCACGUUCGAGGUUUGGAUUUGGGUUUGAGGGGGAUGUUGAUCAGUUGAAGCCGGGAUGA